AUGGCAAUGAGAAGUUCUAGCAUGAAUUUAUGUGAAAAAGAAGAAACGGGUACUUAUUCACUGAGCUGUCCAAGGCCGAAACUUGCAAAACAUGACGGUCUCUUUUCCAGGUCCAACGGAACACAUAUCGUCGGUGAAACAAGACAUAUUGACAUCAUUAUUCUAGUUGUCGUUCGAAGAAGCAGUUCCAAAGCCGAUAAAAAUAAGGACCAAUAUUUCAACUCCUUAUUCAGAAAACGGCCAGAUGAAGAUAGAGAAAAAAUGAAAAUAAAAGACUGCAAAUUGCUGCAUACUGUUUCAUCCUGUCAGUGCUCCUGGAAAAGUUUAUUCUGUGAAAAUCGUGGUUUUAAAGCAAUUCCUUUGAACUUGCCUUUUGAUGUCAAGGAACUAGACUUAUCUGGAAACUUUUUGCCAGAAAUCAGCCAUUUCAAUUUCACUGACUUGAGAUUUUUACAAAGUUUAAUUUGUAAUAACGCUGGUGUGGCUGAGUUGGGAGAGAUGGUGUUCUACAAGUUCACAGCUCUAACAUUUCUGUAUUUGUCCUACAACCCUAUACAGGUAAUUGAAGAAGGAGCUUUCAUAGGCCUGGACAGCUUGGAAGAAAU